AUGUCGGCUUCUGAGACAACGACAAAGGAGCCUCCUGAAGGAAAUGACUCAACACCAGCAGAGUCGUUAGCCGGACCAAGUCAAGUAAAGGAAGAUAAUGCAGCUUUCAUCACGACAGCUGUAGCCAAAAAGACAGAGGCAAUGGGUGUCAUGCCGUCGAUAUUGUCGUCUCAGCAGCCUGGGAAGGACGUUUCCAGAGCUGAAGAGGAGGGGGAGAAAUGGUCGCCCGCCUCCUCGCCAACAAACAAACCUGCUGCAGCACACGCAGCAAAGUCCCUCCCAUCCAUGUCCUUGUUGUCCUCCUCUCCCUCUACGUCUUCAACGUUGUCCCCUGGCCGAGCGAAGAUGAGCGUUUCUGGGCCUGGCAGUAGUAAAUCCGUCCUGCCGCCAGCGCCUCCCUCCUCCUCAUCGUCCUCCUCUUCCUCCUCCUCCUCGUCCUCCUCUUCCUCUUCCUCCUCCGCGACAGCUUCCUCAUCUCCCUCUGUCUCCCCUACGCCACCCAAGAUCCACCGGGCCCGCAAGACCAUGAACAGGCCUCCACCAGUGCAGGUGAGCCGUGUUGAGCCACCUGCUGAACCUGUGAGUCCUUCCGGAUCCCCAGCAUCGCUUUCCUGUGACACUGAAACUGUUGCAAAGAAGAGAAAACUGGGUCAGUUAUUUGACAGUACACCUGAGAAAUCCGAGAAAUCUGAGAACGUCCCCGACAACGCUCAAAUCGUGGAGGAAAAGCUAUUCCAUAAAAAGGCGGAGUCCGUCACCAAGCCUCCAGCGGUGAAGAGCAGCAACUCGGAGGAGGAAGCAGUAGAGAAAGUCGAGAUUUCCAGUCCGUCCAAGCGAGAUUCAGAAAAGUUUGAAGAUGUUGGGGGAGAAGCAAGGCAGAGUGGUAAAGACAUAGAGGGGUCAUUGAAAAUGUCUGAUCAUACUUUCUUGCAGCAUUCGGAGCCUGAAACACAGAGAGACGUCCAGAGUAGGAAUAAAAGCGAGGAGCUUUCUUGGCCGCAGCUGGACCAGAACAAAGAGAGGAACACUGCUGAUGUGGUGGAGACUAUUGGAGCAGGAAGGUCCACUGAGUACACAGAGGUUCCCCUCGGUGCUCUGGACAUCGCUGCUGCUGACAGUCUAACACUCUCACCUCACCAUGAAGGAAGUGAUGCAGGGGACACGGAGCGGCUGGAGGAGCUUCCUCUGUGCAGCUGCAGGAUGGAGGCUCCUCGUGUUGACAGUACGAGCCACCACGUCAGCAGACAGUGUAUGGCCACUGAGAGCAUCAAUGGAGAGCUGAGGGCUUGUACCAAUCGGACUAUUAAAGGUGAGACCAUGCGGCCCUCCAGCCGGGUGCCCCUCAUGUUGCUUUGUGACGUCCAUCGAUCACACAUGGUCAAACAUCACUGCUGCCCCGGCUGUGGAUACUUCUGCAUAGCGGGCACGUUUCUUGAGUGCUGCCCAGACCAGCGCAUCGCUCACCGCUUCCACCGGGGUUGUGUGACGGUGCUUGGGGGCGCGCGGAGCAGGGCGAACGGCGGCGGUAUGCUCUUCUGUCCGCACUGCGGUGAAGAUGCCUCCGAGGCUCAAGAGGUCACCAUCCCUUCCUUCAGCUCCUCCACAGCCUCCGCAACCACCGUCGUCACCAUGUCGGCCUCCUCCACCACCACCCCGUCUCUGCCGCCGUCCGCCCCCAACGCACCCUCCCUCACGGCCUCGACGGGAGGGAUGAAGGACGGGAAGAUGCCCGAAAGACCUGUCAGUGCUCGUAUGCGUAGCCACGGCUUGGUAACAUUGGCGGUGGAGCAACAGCAGCAACAGCAGCAGCCCCCGCAGCCUACAACUGUGGCUGCCGUCCCCCCACCAGAAGAGGGAGUGGACAGCGUAGGACCCUCUCUCUGUAUGCCGAAUGGGAAACCCAUCAGCCCCAGUGCUCUUCCACCAGGACCCAGCAGAGCGGCACUACAGAAGGCCAUUCUCACACAGGACACUGAGAGGAGGAAGAAACUGAGGUUCCACCCUCGUCAGCUCUACCCCGCUGCCAAACAAGGCGAAGUGCAGAGAGUUCUGCUCAUGCUGAUGGAGGGCAUCGAUCCCACAUACCAGCCUGACUCUCAGAAUAAGCGCUCUGCUCUCCAUGCUGCAGCUCAGAAAGGUCUGCUGGAAGUCUGCUACAUCCUGAUACAGGCUGGUGCUCAGGUCGAUGCCCAGGACAAGGACCUGAGGACUCCUAUGAUUGAAGCGAUCAUCAACAAUCACAUCGAGGUGGCUCGUUACCUGAUCCAGAACGGUGCCUGUGUCUAUCACGUUGAGGAGGAUGGUUAUACUGGUCUCCACCACGCAGCCAAACUGGGCAGCCUGGAGAUUGUCACCAUGCUGAUGGAGACGGGGCAGGUUGACGUAAACGCACAGGACAGCGGCGGCUGGACGCCGAUCAUCUGGGCUGCAGAGCACAAACAUGUCGGCGUGAUUAAAGCGCUGCUGAACAGAGGAGCUGAUGUUACUAUUAAUGAUAAGGAGCUGAAUGUGUGCCUCCACUGGGCGGCGUACGCAGGAAACGUGGACAUAGCAGAGCUGGUGUUGAACGCUGGCUGCUCCCUCUCCUCCGUUAACAUGCACGGAGACACGCCGCUCCACAUCGCCUCCAGAGAAGGCUUCUUGGAGUGUGUUACGUUGUUCCUCUCCAGAGGCGCAGAUAUAGACAUCAUGAACAGGGAAGGAGACACGCCUCUCACCCUAGCUCGAGCAGACACGCCGGUGUGGGUGGCGCUGCAGAUCAACAGGAAGCUGCGAAGAGGAAUAACCAAUCGUAUGCUUCGGACAGAAAGAAUAAUCUGCAGUGAUGUUGCGCAGGGUUACGAGAACGUCCCCAUCCCCUGUGUGAAUGCAGUAGAUGACGAAGGUUGUCCAUCUGACUAUAAAUACGUUUCAGAAAACUGUGAAACUUCAGCAAUGAACAUAGACCGCAACAUUACACACUUGCAGCACUGUAGCUGCACUGAUGACUGCUCGUCGAGUAACUGUCUCUGUGGGCAGCUCAGCAUCCGCUGCUGGUAUGACAAGGACCAGCGGUUGCUUCAAGAGUUCAACAAAAUUGAACCCCCGCUUAUAUUCGAAUGCAACAUGGCGUGUUCCUGUUACCGAACGUGCAAGAACAGGGUGGUGCAGGCAGGCAUCAAAGUUCGUCUUCAGCUGUACAGGACUGAGAAGAUGGGCUGGGGCGUUCGAGCCCUGCAGGACAUUCCCCAGGGAAGCUUCAUCUGCGAAUACGUAGGAGAGCUGAUCUCUGAUGCAGAGGCAGAUGUCAGAGAAGACGACUCCUACCUGUUUGACCUGGACAAUAAGGAUGGGGAGGUGUAUUGUAUCGACGCCCGGUACUACGGCAACAUCAGCCGCUUCAUCAACCACCUUUGCGACCCCAACCUCAUCCCAGUGCGUGUGUUCAUGCUGCACCAGGACCUGAGAUUCCCCCGCAUCGCCUUCUUCAGCUCCAGAGACAUCCACAGCGGACAAGAGCUAGGGUUCGACUAUGGAGAUCGCUUUUGGGACAUUAAGAGCAAGUAUUUCACCUGUCAGUGUGGAUCAGAGAAAUGCAAACACUCGGCCGAGGCCAUUGCUUUGGAGCAGAGCAGACUGGCUCGACUCGAAGCCUGUCCAGAGGUGGGAGGUGACUGUGGGAUGACCAUGAUAGGAAACUCUUAAAAAAACAAACAAAACAAAAACACUAACCCACAUGGACCUGUUUUAAUUUUGGAUCAACUUCACCUCAUCAGUUUUACAUGCUGGCAUCGGCAACGGAAAAUAAAACUAUCUGGUUUUUAUCUUAUCAUUCUGUUUUUUUUGGGUGCUUUUUUUUUAUCUACAUGAAAUGUUAUUUUCCUUUCAAAACUGUCUCUUUUUACAUUUAUCAUUUCCUUUAUGGUAGAGGAUAUGGGCCUUAACAUGUUUUUUAAACUGUGUUGAUAUGACAUAUUUUUGAAGAAAACAAGAGGUCUUGUUUGUGUGCAUACAGUAUGUUUACUGUAUAUCACAAUGUACUUACAGAUGAAGGAUGUGCAUUAGCUGCGUGCCAUCAUACAUGUUUAUUUUCUGUUGUGCCAAGAAACAUCAUGCAUUUUCACCCACAUUUUCCAGUAAUGGGCUUGUGCUCAUACUGGACUCCAUAUGGACCUGAGGAAAAAAAUCAUUUCUUAUGUCUAAGUUCACUUUAUUUGUCUUUAUUUUUUAUACUUUAUUGUUUUUUUGUGUCAUGUUUAGUGUAAUAAAUUAGCUCAUGAGUUGA